UUUCCACCUACAGGAGCACAAGAACUGGCUUCACUUCAUUUGACCAGUAACAGGAUGACAGAUCACAACAGGAGCGUUUUCCACCCAACCACGUUUUUCCUUGUUGGAAUCCCAGGUCUGGAAGAGGGCCAUGCCUGGAUCUCCCUGCCUUUCUGCUCCGUCUACCUCGUGGCUUUACUGGGCAACGCCACAAUCCUGCUAGUCAUCAAGACGCAGCAGGCCCUCCGGGAACCCAUGUUCUACUUUCUGGCCAUCCUUUCAACAGUUGACUUGGCCCUUUCAACAACCUCCGUACCCCGCAUGCUGGCUAUCUUCUGGCUGGAUGCUCAUGAGAUUCGCUUUGGAGCUUGUGUGGCCCAGAUGUUCCUGCUCCAUACUUUCACUGGCAUGGAGGCCGAAGUCUUACUGGCCAUGGCCUUCGACCGCUACGUGGCCAUCUGUGCCCCACUCCGCUACACCACCAUCCUGACACCCCGAGGGCUGGUGGGCAUCAGUUUGUGCAUUGUGGUCCGUCCAGUUCUGCUUACACUUCCCAUGAUCUAUCUCAUCCACCGCCUACCAUUUUGUCAGGCUCACGUAAUACCGCAUUCCUACUGCGAGCACAUGGGCAUCGCCAAACUGUCCUGUGGAAACAUCCGUAUCAACGGUAUCUAUGGGCUUUUCGUUGUUUCCUUCUUUGUCCUGAACCUAGUCCUUGUCGGCAUCUCCUACGUGCACAUUCUCCGUGCGGUCUUCCGCCUCCCCUCCCAAGAAGCUCGGCUGAAGGCCCUAAGCACGUGCGGUUCUCAUGUUGGGGUCAUCUGUGUUUUCUAUAUCCCCUCGGUCUUCUCUUUCCUCACGCACCGAUUUGGACACAACGUACCGCGCUAUAUUCACAUUCUGGUUGCCAACCUCUAUUUGGUGGUCCCACCCUCCCUCAACCCCAUCAUUUAUGGGGUGCGGACCAAACAGAUACGAGAGCCAGUGCUCCGUGUCUUUGUUAAAAAAUAA